GUGUCCUAAUUCCUAAAGAAAAGUUGAAGUUGGAUGGAAGCCGGAGGCAGCAGCAGCAGUGGCGAAGAAGAUGGUGAUGCGGCAUGGAGGGCGGCCAUCAAUUCCAUCGCCGGAACCACCACUUACCCCAAUCCCAAUGCCGCCCAAGAACGCAAGCCCAAAGCCCCACACCUUAAGCACUACCAACUCCAGGCACAAAAGCUUCUACAUGACAUGUUGGAAGAGACUAUAGAGAUAGUGAAGGAACCUGAUCCUGUUCUGAAUGAUGAAGAUCCCAAGAUCAACCAAGAAGAAGAAGUAAGAGAACCUGGCAUUCGCUUGUUCAAGCAUGUUCGCCAACCAGGAAUAGUGUUUGAUCAUUUUGAUGAACCCGAACCACCAAAGAAACGACCGAGAUUACUUCCUGGAGAUGAUAUUGAUGAGAAAUCAAAGAAGUUUAAAAGGCGGGUUAAAUCUGUUGCUGUCGAAGGGAAAGAUUUAAUUGCCGCAGCAAAUGACGCGAACAAGAAAUCCUUAGCUAAAUUUGAAGCCAAAGUCGCAGCAGCAAAAGCUAAAGCCAAGAGAGAGGAGGAAAGAGUUAACAAUUUGAAAAAGAUUAGGGGGGAGAGGUGGCUGCCGUCCAUGGCGAAUGAACUGCAUCGGUAAUGUAUCAUACAUGUAAAGUUGAUAAUUGAGAACCAUUAAAUGAUUUGAACAAUUUGACUAAAUUGUUAUCAACUGUACAAUUUAGAAUGGUAGUUUCCUACACAUUACCAAUUGAAUGAAUGUAAUUGUGUAACAGUUAACACGUA